GCUUGCAGCUGACGUGGCCACGUGACAGGCGCUCUUCAUGCCCCCACGCAGUUGUCCGUGACGAGGAGCCCUCGAUGGCAACGCUGUGAAACGCGACAGACAUUCUCUGUAAAGCGUUGCGUGCCACAGAGGGCGGCGGGGCAGCAGCAGCAGCAGCAGCAGGAGGAGGAGGAGGCCGAUGUGGUGAAAGGAGGAGCAUGCUGCGGCUAACGGCGUGGUCAUCGCUCGCGUGGCGAGGCUGCCUGCUGCUGUGGACCCUCUGCUGCCCGCUGCGCGGCUCUCCGCCGUGCCCCGGCGCCUGCAACUGCACGCUGGGAGCGAACGCGCAAAGGACCGUCAGCUGCAGCCACGCGGGCCUUAGCCACGUCCCCGACGACCUGCCCGCCGACACCGCGGUGCUUCUGCUCGACGGCAAUCGAAUCGGAGCGCUGCCCGCCGGUCUCUUCCAGGGCCUGGGCCAGCUGCGCGAGAUGAACCUCUCGGGCAACGUCAUCCAGAGCGUGAGCGCGGCCGCCUUUCCCGAGGGCAUCACCUUCCUCGACCUGUCCGCCAAUCGACUGCUCAGCCUUCCCAGGGAGCUCAAGCAACUGAAGGCGCGCGUCCGCCUGGACGGGAACCCCCUGCACUGCGGCUGUCAGCUCCAGGAGCUCUUCGCCGUGCUGGACGUGGACGCGCGCACCGCCAACGGGGUGCUGUGCGCCACGGCCGUGGUGGACAGCGCCCGCGGGAGGCCCUUCUUCGAGGUGAUGGAAAAGAUGAACUUCUGCAACAUGCCGCGCAAGACCACGGACGUGGCCAUGCUCGUCACCAUGUUCGGCUGGUUCACCAUGGUGGUCACUUACAUCGCGUACUACGUGCGCACCAACCAAGAGGACGCCAGGCGUCACAUCGAGUACCUGAAGUCGCUGCCCAGCGCGCAGUUCAGAGCAGCCAGCGAGGGGGAUACCCACAGCACCAUGCUGUAGCUUGCUGAGCAAGGGCACCUCUAUGCGUGGCAGUUUCGGGAUCGGUCUGCACGUGAUUUACUCAAAAAGAAAAAAAAAACAUAGCACAAUUGACUCGAUAACUUUUUUGCCCAAAUCACAAGACGAUGGUUUUGUCCGUACAAAACAAAGGCAAAGAUCCCCCGUAUAGCCUUGACAGACUGUUGGGGCAAGUGCUCUUCGCGAGCAGCACCUAUGAAGGGCGCCACGGUACACGAGGGGGUGGAUGGCCAGCACCACGCCC